AUGGCUAGCAAUCAAUAUCGGCUCGUUUGGGAAGACCAAUUCUCAGACGAUGGUCCUGUCGAUCGAAAUAGAUUGGAUUUUGACAUCGGCACUGGAGAUAACGGCUGGGGUAAUCAAGAAGUACAAUUCUACACCGAUCGAACUGAAAAUGCCCGAUGUGAAAAUCAAAGAUUGAUCAUCGAAGCACACUGUGAAGAUUAUCAAGGCCAACAAUUCACAUCAGCUCGACUGAAAUAA